GGCUGACGCGCCGGCGCGCGAGGGGCGGGGUGAAAGGUCACAGCGCGGCAGCGGGUCUGGCUGGCGGCAGCGGCGGGAGGGAGCUGAGAGACCCGAGUGCACGUGUGGAGUAGCGGCAGCACCAGCACGGCAGCGGGAGACACUCCCGCCCCCACCAGACUCAAGCCCUCACUCGACUCUCGCGGCCUUCGUUGCUCGCCCAGCUCCCUGCCCAGGCUAGGAGGCCGGCUUGCGGGGUUGAGUGGCCCGAGCUGAGGGCGCGGAGACCUGAGGGCGGCGACUACGACGGCGUUGAUAUCGGUGGUAACGACGGCCUCAGCAGGCGGGGAAGAUGAAAGGGAUAAUGGCUUCCAGCUGCAUCCAUAUUGCUGCAAAGGAUGUGAUUUUGUUCUUUUUUAUGGCUGUGUAGUAUUCCAUGGUGGAUGUGUGGAAAUCUUUAAACAUUUAUGAAAUGAAACAGUAGAAUGAGCCCCAUCAAUCAACUACAUAGCCGGAUCGAGCUGGGAGAUGUGACACCACACAAUAUUAAACAGUUGAAAAGACUGAAUCAGGUCAUCUUUCCAGUCAGCUACAAUGACAAGUUCUACAAGGAUGUGCUGGAGGUUGGCGAGCUAGCAAAACUUGCCUAUUUCAAUGAUAUUGCUGUAGGUGCGGUAUGCUGUAGGGUGGAUCAUUCACAGAAUCAGAAGAGACUUUACAUCAUGACACUAGGAUGUCUGGCACCUUACCGAAGGCUAGGAAUAGGAACUAAAAUGUUAAAUCAUGUCUUAAACAUCUGUGAAAAAGAUGGUACUUUUGACAACAUUUAUCUGCAUGUCCAGAUCAGCAACGAGUCGGCAAUUGACUUCUACAGGAAGUUUGGCUUUGAGAUUAUUGAGACAAAGAAGAACUACUAUAAGAGGAUAGAGCCUGCAGAUGCUCAUGUGCUGCAGAAAAACCUCAAAGUUCCUUCUGGUCAGAAUGCAGAUGUGCAAAAGACAGACAACUGAACAAAUUACAAAUGAACUUUCUUGCACUUGCUUGUCGCCAAAUAAAAGAGAGGCCCAUUGAUACCCCCUCCCCCAACACUUUUCUUUUAAAGCUUUUCUCCCUCCUUGUUCUUGUUUUUCUUUCUUCCUUUCCUUUUCUCUAAGAGUUAUAAUACUUUGAAGGACUUCAAAAAAAUAAUCAUGUUUGAAUUGUUUUCUCUUAUUUUUGUGAGGUGGUUUGAAGGAAGGAGAAGGUAGAUCUGUUUAAUUUUGCAGUUAAAGCUAGAUGGUCCUAAAAAUUUAAUUGUCAAAUUUCAAAUUUAAUGUCCUGCUUUCACAUUGAAGGGCAGAGCCUACAAAACAUUGUAUAUUUCAAAAGACAAAAAGAAGCAGCAGCAAUAUCUUGUUCUCUAAUGCAUAGACUAGUUGAGUGUGUUUGUGGUACUUUGGGUUUUUUAAGACUGGGAUACUAAUCCCUAGACGUUGCCUUCACUCCACCUUUAGUCCUUCUGAGCACUCUCUCGGGAGUUGAACAUCGUUAUCCUUGUAAGAAAUACUAAGCUUAUUUUGAUUUUUAAGCAAUUAUAUCUUCUCUUCUUGCUGGUGGGUGGGGCAGUUUGGUUUAGUGUUAUACUUUGGUCUAAGUAUUUGAGUUAAACUGCUUUUUUGCUAAUGAGUGGGCUGGUUGUUAGCAGGUUUGUUUUUCCUGCUGUUGAUUGUUACUAGUGGCAUUAACUUUUAGAAUGUGGGCUGGUGAGAUUAAUUUUUUUUUAAUAUCCCAGCUAGAGAUAUGGCCUUUAACUGACCUAAAGAGGUGUGUUGUGAUUUAAUUUUUUCCCCUGUUCCUUUUUCUUCAGUAAACCUGACAAUAGUCUAACCUUAAAAAUUGAGUUGAUGUCCUUAUAGGUCACUACCCCUAAAUAAACCUGAAGCAGGUGUUUUCUCUUGGACAUAUUAAAAAGUACCUAAAAAGAAGCUUAGAUGGACUGUGACACAAUAAAUUCAAUUAAUGUCAUCUAAUGCCAGCUGUUAAAAGUGUGGCCACUGAGCAUUUGAUUUUAUAGGAAAAAAUAGACAGUAUUUUUCAGAAUAACAUAGCUGUGCUAUUGCAUAUCUGUUGGAGAACAUCCCAGAUUUGCUUAUACUCAGUGCCUAUGAUAUUGAGUUUAAGGAUUUGAGGCAGGGGUAAUUAUUAAACAUAUUGCUUCUAUUCUUGGAAAAGUAGAAGUGUAAAAUGUUAAUAAUACAAAUGUCACUGUGACCUCCUCCACUGAGAGGACUGGUUUAUGCCAGAUCAUUUUCUGGCACAUAGAGAGUGGCUUUGACAGGUUGAUAACUUUGUAAGAUGGGAGACAUCUGAAAUAUUCAUGUUUUCCUCUUAUAGUCCCAUCUCCACUAUUUAGAAAUGUUCUCAGACUUUGAAAUAAUGCACAGGGCUUGAGCUUUCUGUCAUUUGACUUUGAAAGGAAGUUUCAUUCAUAUUUAUCCUCUUGUGUAAAAUUCUAGUAUAAAGUCUCAUCUCCAAAUAUGUUAAAUGACAAAAUUAUUUUAUAAAAUGUUUAUGCACACUUUAUCACCUUAAGUUUUUAUUUGAGAAUGUGAAAGUACAAGGUGCAGUAGACUUCAACAAUCUUGAGUGCCAAGAAAAAUACAGAAAAAGAAGACAGUUGAUGAAUGCGUUUAUAGGUUUCUAAUCUUAAGAUGGUAAAAAUGUAGAAAGACCUUGCUGGUUUUUUGAGAGUAUUCGUUUCUUAAAACAAUCCAAAUCUAAGCUUAGAAGAAAAGUUUAGCAUUAAGCUCAUUUAUCUUCAUGGAUAAGCUUCAGCUUGCUCUUGGCAAGAGAAGAGUGCUUGAGUUACAGAAAGCAUAAUUAGUUUGAAGAAUGCAGCAGCCUUUUUGUAAACUUCCCAGAUAUCAAAAUCGACUUUGAUAUAUAAAUGGUUUUCUGAGAUGACACUGCCUCUAUUUCUAUAACCAUUUCACCUGGACUAUCUAAUCAGUCCUAUGAAUGUAUCCCUAAAUGUGGUUAUUGAAAACCGAAUAGCUGCCUCAUGACAAGUAUGUGUUAUUUAAGGAGGAAAAAAUAUUAAAUUUUGAAUUGAGUGUGUAGGCUCCCUAUCAUUAUAUAGUUUCUUUUUCCAUGGUAGUCAGUGACUUAACCUAAAUUGUAAAUGUUUGUAAAGGGUUAAUUGUCCUACAUCAAACUUAUGUUAAAUAAUUCCAUCCACUUAUGGAGGAGGAGGAGAAUGUGGAAGAGGUAAAAAGCUGGGCACAAGUUCAUAUGCCUAUGAGUCAGUAAAGACUGAAGUAAUGUCCUAUGUUGAGCUGGUUAUUUUGAUAUAUGAUAAUUAUCUUUAGAACAAUUCUGUUAACUGGAAAAUCACAGGAUAUAUCCAUCAUAUUUUUCAGGACAGAUAGUUUUUACUGUGGGGCAAAUAGGUUAAAAUUACACUGUAUGGUAGUUGCAUUUAGGUUUUAAAGCAAAGAAUCUGUAGAGAAAUCUAUGCAAUAUAUAGUUUGUCCAGAUUAGCUUUCGUUUGGGGAAUGAAGUUCUGAAAUAUCUAAAGCAGUUUACUCAUCAGUUGAAAAGUCCUCCAAAAAGAGAACUAUUGGGAAACCAUGGUGUGUGGUGGUGGAAAAGAAAAGCUCCCUCAGUUUUUUGGAGGGAAUAACUUAAAAAAAAAAAUACUUAAAUGGCUAAGUUUUCUUGGUGCAGUUAAGAAUUAAACUUGUCAAUUUUAACAUUGCUGUUACAUCUGAAAUAAACUUAUGUGAUGUUCUGGUA